AUGGAGAGGCCAAGCGGAGAUGUUGUCCUGCUGGAUCGUGCAUCCCGAGCCACUCGGGGCAAGAGGUUAACCAAACUCCUUGACGAAGAAAUCCAAGAAGAUGAAUUGUUCUGGAGCCAGGACGCUCUUAAAGAGGAGGACGAGGACGAUAACUACCAAGAGGAACCUGAAAUCGCCGAUGAAUUUGACUCUGAUUUCGACGAGGAUGAGCCGGAGCCCGAGGAAGAAGAGCCUGACAAAGAUGACGCUGAUGAGAGAAUGCAUAAAAAGAAGCGACUGGUAUUUCCGGGGAAGACUCUGGCUGUGAAGAAGAAAAAGAAGAAAAUUUUAUCGAAAUUGGAAAGUUCUCCGAAGGAAGAGGAGGAUCAUUCUGGGAAGGUUGCUGAGGAACAGCAGGAUGACGCUGGAGAGAGAAUGAUCAGAAAGUCCACUAGGACUUCUGUCAUCGUUCGUCAAGCUGAGAGAGAUGCCAUUCGUGCAGCUCUCCAAGCUACAAUCAAGCCGGUCAAAAGGAAAAAGGAAGGUGAAGAGAGGAGGAUGACACAAGAGGAGAUGCUUUUAGAAGCUGCUCAAACAGAGAUCAUGAACUUGCGAAAUUUGGAGCGGGUUUUGGCUAGAGAGGAAGAGGUUAAGAGAAGAGCUAUUGUGCAUAAAAAUGUUUAUAAUGGUCCCCAGAUACAGUACAUUUCAAAAAAUGGUUGUUCCUAUUUAGAGUUCAUUAAAGGGUCAUCAUUCCACUCAGAGAUUGCCACAGGGUCUGUACAAUAUCCAGAAAAACCUGUUUGCUCGAUUACUGGUUUGCCUGCCAAGUACCGUGAUCCAAAGACUGGCCUGCCAUAUGCUACAAAAGAAGCUUUUAAAAUAAUUCGAGAACGUCCAAGAUAG